AUUCAACGCAGUAACGUGUUUAAGCGUCCUAAUUGAUAAUGGCGGCGGCUCCACGUAAGACAACAGAGAUAGAGAUAGAGAGAGAGAAAGACAAAUCAGAUUAAGGAGAGAGAGAGAGAGAGAGAGAAAGGAAUCUGAGGCGAUUGGGUAAGCGAUGCACAUCGUCUUCUCUGUCGAUGAUUUGACCGAGACAUUCUGGCCUGCUUCCGCUCCGGUACCGUCACCGGGAUCGGUACCGACACCGACGCAGAACAUGGCGGAAGGGAUGGCUCGAAGUCAAUCGGAGUGGGCGUUCCACAGGCUUCUCAAGGAGAUGUCCGGUUCCGAUGAGAGCCCUACGACCAACGCAAUCGACCGGUCGCCUCCACCGGUUCAGUCUGAGCUCUCGCUUUCGAGAGUGGAGGAAACCGUUGACGAAACCGCCGAUGUCGUCGAAAUACAGAAGCCGCCGCAGAAUCGCCGCCUUCCCGCGGAUGAUCAAGGGAAGCGGAAUCGUGCACGGUCGUCUGAUCCGUUGGAUUCAGCUGGAGUCGAUCCUAAUCAGUAUCACGCGAUUCUUAAGAGCAAGCUCGAUCUUGCUUGCGCUGCUGUUGCUCGUCGUGUGGGAACUGUGAAGCCGGAAGAUUCGAAUGCCUCAGCUGGCAAUCAAAAGCAAUCUCUUCCGAUGGGAUCUCAAUCUCAAGGCUCCAGUGUGGCACAAACGUCACCCGGGGCUUCAUCUGGUAGAGUCGUAUCCUCAACAAGCACACAGAAGAAACCAGAUGUUCCAGCCAGGCAAACUACCAGUGUUUCAUCUCGAGAUGAUUCUGAUGACGACGAUCUUGACGGAGACACAGAAACAGCAGAUAAUGGAGAUCCUACUGAUGUGAAGCGUGCUAGGAGGAUGCUCUCAAACCGAGAAUCCGCUAGGCGCUCCAGGAGAAGAAAGCAAGAACAAAUGAAUGAAUUUGAUUCACAGGUAGGCCAAUUAAGAGUUGAGCAUUCAACUUUACUUACUCGUCUUAGUGACAUGAAUCAUAAGUAUGAUGCAGCUGCUGUCGACAACAGAAUUCUAAGAGCUGAUAUCGAAACUUUGAGAACAAAGGUUAAGAUGGCAGAAGAAACGGUGAAAAGAGUGACAGGAGUGAACCCUUUGCACUGGACAAGGUCAAACAUGGGCAUACCAUUGAACAACACACCGAGCGAUUCCUCUAGAAUUCCGCCAAACUCUUUGAAACCAGCAAUCCCAAGCACUACUGGUGCCGGUUUAGCACCAAACCAGAGAGCAGGGAGAGCGAAUUUCUUGCCCGAACAGGUGAACCGAGAAGGCAUGCAGAAUCAGUUUGCUCCUAAUUCGGAUCUGUUUGAAACCUUGCCCCAUUGGAAUCACAAGCAUUAA